UACCUCCCUCCGUUUUCCCUCCCACCCACCCCUUGCAUGCAUCCCGUUUCGGUACAGUGCCAUGUCAGCAGUGCCAGAUCAGCAGUGCCACGUCAGCAGUGCCAGAUCAGCAGUGCCACGUCCGCAGUGCCAGAUCAGCAGUGCCACGUCCACAGUGCCAGGUCACAUUGCCAUGUCAGACAUAGUGCCACGUAAGCAGUGCCACGUCAGACACAGUGCCACGUCAGCAGUGACGUUCAACACAGUGCCACGUCAACAGUGCCACGUCAGCAGUACCACGUCAGACGCAGUGCCACAUCAGCAGUGCCACGUCAGCAACAUGACGGGCCUGCCAGGCCAACUGGCCAAUGAGACCAUUGUCGCCUACAAGCAGCGUUGCCUGGCUCAGAUAGAGGCUGAGGAACAACGCCUGCUGCCAGUCGAGGCUGCCCGCAUACAAGCUGAAGAGGCAGCAGCAGCAGAGAAACUGCGGCUACAGGCCGAUGCAGAAGCAGAUGCCCAGGCUCGCCGAAAGGAAGCCCAGGAUCUGCUGCAGCGGCAUGAAGCCAACAGCAUCUACAGACUCAAGUACUGGCAUUUUAAACCGAACGGCGACGACGCAACACCGGAAGAAAAGCACAAGGGGUUCCUCUCCAAACUCGUGACGCGGUUGUUGUAUGCUUGCAACUAUCAAAGCAGUGCACCCUCAAGCCGCCAACAGGAGGACCGCGUUGACCACGUAGUGGCAAUGCUCGGCGACAUCAGCACCUUCGCUGCGCCGACCACCACCAUCAGCAAUCAGCUGCAUACAUUGAAGACCGAGGUCCAGAAGCUGCAGUCGACAAACGCGGACGACAAUCCGAAGAUGUACAAGAUGCCAACUUUCAACCUGGAGAGGUUCGACGACUACACGCAGCAGGAUCCCGUCCUCUGGUGGGAAGCAUUCACAACGCAACUCAGGAUUCUGCCAGUAGCGAAGCACACGUACAUCGGCGCCCUGUUCCUGAACUCAAAGGGCGGAUGCCAGACCUGGUUGAGCCACUUGGCAAACUCCCACGGCGUCCACGUACCAGACUUGAAGGACGUAAUCACAUGGGAGGAACAGACACGGCUGUGGAAGAAGCGGUUCAUCGUCGACGACGCGCCGGCACUCGCCAUCAACCGUUUGUUCACCAUGUCACAGGGCAACACAGCAACACGGGACUGGCUCACGGAGUGGCAGAAGAUUGCGGCUGUGCCCAAUCUGAACCUACCAUUCGAGCAUCUACGCCGUGAGUUCUACAACAGGUCCUGUGCGGCAUUGAGCCAGGCUCUUGGUGAUCGCGAGCAGUACUCAACCUUCGCGGAGAUCAUUGACAAAGCAAGGGAGAUCAUCAAGACCAAUAGUCAAUUCAAGAAGGAGGUGUUAGCUGUUCUCCGGUGUCUAGACACGUUCAGACACUAUAUCUAUGGGCGACGGUUCAUCUUGAGAGUAGACCCCACCGCGGUUGCCUCUGUCCUCCAGAAGGACUUUAGUCUGACGGACCCGACCAUCGCCCGAUGGUUAAUACGGAUUCGGCUAUACGAUUACACGGUCGAAAGGGUAUCUGGUACGAAAAAUGCCGUGGCAGAUGGACUUUCACGCAUCCCUCUCGAGCGUCCGAUAGUAGCUGGGGCUCUGACAAUGGCAGAGCCGAGGCGCGCCGAGAGAUUUCUAGUUAAUGUUUACGAGGGCAAGUACCAAAUGAUCAGACUACACCUGACGGGAGAAGAGAGUCAAGAUUCAGAUAUCCGGAGGCAAGCAGCCCGGUACUGCCUUAGAGCGGGCCACCUUUUCCGAAGGCCAGUAGGGUCGGGAAUGCCCUUACAAGUAGUCUGUGACCCUGAGGAGAGACAAACAAUAGUUGCGGAGCUUCACGACGGGGUAGUCGGAGGACACAGGGGAGUCAAAGGAACCUACGAAAAGGUACGCAGGUUGUACUGGUGGGAAGGACAGUAUAAGGACGUCGAGAGGUAUUGUAGGACCUGCGAAGAGUGCCAGAAGAGAGCUCUUGUGAAAUACAAAGAGCCACUUCAUCCAUCCUAUCCAACCCGACCAGGAGAGAAGGUACAUAUCGACCUAGUGAAAAUGCCGAGAGGGGUAGGCAAUAUGAACUACGUCGUGAACAUACGAGACGAUUUCACUGGGUUCGUGGACGGUAGACCUAUCAGGAGUAAGGCGGCAAAGGAAGUAAAGAACUUUGUCCUAGAGUACUUAUCUAGGUAUGGUUGUGUCAGUAAGAUAGUGAUGGACAGAGGGGCGGAAUUCCUAGCCGACGAGGUCCAGAGCGUGUUUAGGAGAGCCGGUGCGAGAGUUUCGAUAGCCACCGCCUAUCACCCACAGUCAAAUUCCCCAGUAGAGAGGGGACACCAGACUCUGAUAGCGUCGCUGUCCAAGUGGUGCAAGGGUAAGGACACUGAUUGGCCACGAUAUUUUCGAUACGCAAUAUGGGCGGACAACGUCACGGUCCGGGCUAGUACCGGAUACCCCCCGUACACCUUGUGGUUUGGGCGACAUUGUCCGCUUCCCAUAGAGUUUCACGUCGACAGCUGGACAACCGUUGACUGGGCGGAGGAGAUGUCCAGAGAGGAACUCUUAGCUGCCCGAACGAGGCAAAUAGCCUACGGUUUGGAAGAUGACCUCGUGACAGCGGCAGAUCGUCUGGUAGUAGAAAGGGACAAGGGUAAAGAGAGAUGGGAUAAGAACGUGCGAAUUAGGAAAGWGAGGGUGAACGUAGGAGAUAUGGUCCUUCUUUACGAUGCAGCGCUGGAAAGAACCUGGACCGGAAAACUCGCCAACAGAUGGAUGCGACCUUACAGAGUGGUUGAGGCACUCGACUGGGGUGCAUAUAUGAUAGCAGAAUUAGAUGGAUCUAAGUGGAAGGACCCAGUGGCGGACGCUAGGUUAAAGCUGUUUAGGCCCAGACCCACGCCCGCUUUAUCGCUAACCAGCCCGAAAGGGGAAGGGAAAGCCAUGGUGGAGGAUGAAGCUCCCUUGAGGCAAUUCGAGGCAGGGGAGAGUUCCAAGAAAAGGAAAAGAAUAGAGAAGAGAAAGGUCAAAGGUGGCAAUGGCUACAGCUGCGGCAUCAACUACAACAACCUUGAGGGAAGCUGCAGCAGCUAUAGAACGUUGGCAGCAGCUGUAGAGAGAACGUUGGCAGCAGCAGCGGCUAGCGCAAUAGCAAUGGCUACAUCUGCGGCAUCAACUACAGCAACCUCGUUCGGUUUCUCGUUGGGAAUGCCGAACACCACAGGACAGUCCAUUUCCAGUACAAUAGGGUCCCAGGCCAGUCAGAUGGCGGGCUUGCAGUCCAGCUCGCCGCCUCCACGCACUAGGGAGCAGGUGGACCUCCAGCAAGUAGAAAGGAUCCGCUUAAGGCUAGAGGAGGAACUGAAGAAAGCUACCAACAGGGAGAAUGAGAUUAUAAAUAAAAGUAUUAGACUAGAGAGUAGAGAGGCAAACAAAGCUGCACUAGAGGGGUUAGAUGACUCAACCCUUGACGACACCGCAAGGAUUCUUAAGGCGAGCACCCUAUCCAUGCACGCGUACAUGGACAGCAAACUGGACGCUAUCCAGGACACCCUACACCAGAUCCUGAAUGCGAUGCAUAGGCUAGGAAUCAGGCCAGCAGCUUUGCCAUCGCUGCCAUUCUCAGUGAUGACAGGCCCGUAUCCGCCCAUGUCUGGUACCACACCAAGUGGACGAAGUAUCUCCAUGGACUUCAUGGAUACCCUUGUGACCAACAAGAGUGGCACGAGACAUAUCUUCGUCAUAGUUGAUAGGUUCACUAAGUUUGCUAGACUAAUUGUCAUGCCGGAGACCGUCAGGACUGAACACGUCAUCAAGUUAUUCAUGGAUAACUGGGUGCGUGACUUUGGACUACCGAAGACGAUCGUUAGUGACAAAGAUGUGCGUUUCACAAGCGAGAUGUGGAAGAAGGCCGCUGAACAGAUGGGCAGCCAACUCCAAAUGACUUCUGGGAAUCAUUCUGAAGCCAAUGGGCAGGUUGAACAGAUGAACCGGGUGGUGCAGCAUCUGCUGAGGCAUUAUAUUAAGCCCAACCAGGAUGACUGGGAUGAGAAAUUACCUCUCAUCGCCAGUCUGUACAAUUAACGUUGUACAUAGCACCACCAGGGUCACCCCGAAUCAGCUGCAUCUGGGGUGGAAGCCUAGAUCUGCACUAGACUUCCCCCUUCCUGAAAACCGACCUGCUGCAACUCCUGGAACCAUUGAGUUCGUUGUCCAGUACGAGAAGUUGCUGCAGCAAGCUGUCGAGAACAUCAAGAAGUCUCAGGAAGCAAAUGAUUGCUUAUGAUAACAAACAUCGCCAGCAAUC